GCUUCUUUCAACAGCAGCAACACUUAGUCAGACACCUCGGUAGCUUGCUAGACAAAAUAGCUAAACCAAUAAAGCUCUUUAGACGCUUUCGUGUAUAUUAGUCACUGUGUUUUAAACCCACUUCUGUCGUCUAGUUAGUUGUCCGAUUUAAUUUUAUAUUUACGGUGUUGUUGUUAUUAUUCAGCUAGCGGGUAAUUUAGCAUUAGCCUAGCUCGCUAGCAUUCUUGACCAUGAGCUCACUAAGCUACUCUCCUAAUAAAGAAGAGGAGGUCUGCUGCACGGAGAAAGAAGCUCUCGUCAAAGAGGAAGAGGAAGAGGAGGUUGUUACAAUACAAAAAAGAGUAGAGGAUGAGGCUUUUACCGUGAAAGAAGAAGAGAAAGACGUUACAGUUAAAGAAGAGGAAGACGCGUUCAGAGUGAAAGAGGAAGAGGAUGUUACAGUAAAAGAAGAGGAGGCAGAGAAAGAGGAUGAUGCAGUUUUUGGAGUGAAAGAGGAGGAGGGGGAGAUGACUGUCACAUCCAAAAAGGAGGAGGAAGAAGAGGAGGAAACUGGAUAUCUCGGGCCGGUUUCCCAGACGCAUCUUAAGGCAUCCAACUAUGAAGUUAGCCUUAUGAUGCCUUCGGGAAACCGGUCCCUGGUUAAUACAAGAGAGAGACGGGACUAUCUUGGAUCCUCUGGGGAGCCUCAACAACCUCAUGAAGCUGAUGAGGCAAAGAAGAGUCUCUCUAGAUCAGAACACCUCAGUAAACAACAGCAGAGAUCCACAGGAGAGAAACCUUACUGCUGCUCCGACUGUGGGAAACAUUUCUCAAGAUCAAAUUCACUAAAAGUACACCUGAGAAUUCACACUGGAGGGAAAUCUCACUGGUGCUCUGACUGUGGGAAUAGAUUUAACUCUACAGCAGACCUUAAAAUACAUCAUAGAAUUCACACAGGAGAGAAAUCUUAUGGCUGUGAUCAAUGUGGGAACAGUUUUUCUCAGCUAAAAACCCUGAAAUCACACCAGAGAACACACACAGGAGAGAAACCUUAUGGCUGUGAUCAAUGUGGGAAGAGUUUUACUGUGUCAAGCUCCUUGAUAGUACACCAGAGAACACACACAGGAGAGAAGCUUCACCAUUGUUCAUUUUGUGGGAAAAGCUUUUCAACAUCACACACCUUGAAGGUGCACCAGAGAAUGCACACAGGAGAGCGACCUUAUAGCUGUAAUCAAUGUGGGAAGUGUUUUUUUACAUCUAGCAAUCUGACAAAACACCAGAGAACACACACAGGAGAGAAACCAUAUAGCUGUAAUCAAUGUGGGAAGAGUUUUGUUCAAUCUGGAGAUCUGAAGAUACACCAGAGACUACACACAGGAGAGAAACCUUAUGGCUGUGAUCAAUGUGGGAAGAGUUUUAAUCAGUCAAGCAGCCUGAUAGUACACCAGAGAACACACACAGGAGAGAAACCUUAUGGCUGUGAUCAAUGUGGGAAGAGUUUUAAUCAGUCAAGCAGCCUGAUGGUACACCAGAGAUCACACACAGGAGAGAAACCAUAUAGCUGUACUCAAUGUGGGAAGAGUUUUGUUACAUCUGGCUGUCUUAUUACACACCAGAGAACACACACAGGAGAGAAACCUUAUACCUGUGAUCAAUGUGGGAAGAGUUUUACUCAGUUAAACAGCCUGAUUGUGCAUCUGAGAACACACACAGGAGAGAAACCGUUUAGCUGUAGUCAAUGUGGGAAGAGUUUUAAUUGGCUCAACAGCCUGGUAUCACACCAGAGAACACACACAGGAGAGAAACCUCAUAGCUGUAAUCAAUGUGACAAGAGAUUCUCAGAUAAAAGAUAUCUGAUUAAACAUCAGAAAAUACAUAGAUGAAGGAGUUGUUUCAUGAUAUCAAUGUAAUGUCACUGUCACUGUUUUUAACAUUGUUGUAGGAUAAUUGUAAUGUUUGUUCAAUUGAUUUGAGAUUUUUGUUGUAAAGGGUUUUAACACGGUUUCCCAUGCUUGUUCAAUGAACCAUAAACAAUUAAUGAACAUGCACCUGUGGAACGGUCCUUAAGACACUAACAGCUUACAGACGGUAAGCAAUUAAGGUCACAGUUAUGAAAACUUAGGACACUAAAGCGGCCUUUCUACUGACUCUGAAAAACACCAAAAGAAAGAUGCACAGGGUCCCUCACCAUAUGCGUGAACGUGCCUUAGGCAUGCUGCAAGGAGGCAUGAGGACUGCAGAUCGGACCAAGGCAAUACAUUGCAAUGUCCGUACUGUGAGACCUGUGCUGGCUUGUCCAUCUCGUUAACUGGAAGGCGUUUCACCUGAGCUGGCCCAUCUAUUUAAGAUUGGCUGGCCCAGGUGCUAUUUAAGAUUGGCUGGCCCAGGUGCUAUUUAAGAGUGGCUGGCCCAGGUGCUAUUUAAGAGUGGCUGGCCCAGGUGCUCCGGAUGCUAUUUAAGAGUGGCUGGCCCAGUGCUCCAGGUGCUAUUUAAGAUUGUCUGGCCCAGUGCUCCAGAUGCUAUUUAAGAGUGGCUGGCCCAGGUGCUCCAGAUGCUAUUUAAGAGUGGCUGGCCAAGUGCUCCUGGUGCUAUUUUAGAAUGUCUGUCCCAGAUGCUCCAGGAUCUAUUUAAGAGUGGCUGGCCCCGUGCUCCAGAUUAUAAUUAAGAGUGUCUGGCCCAGUGCAUCACCCAUAGAAUCAUAUUGUUGAUAUUUUAAUCAAUGGUAUUUCCUUAGGAUGCUCAUUAGUCUUUCAAUUUCUGUUUUUUAUCAUCUUAUGUUGUGUACUAAAUAUUUCUGUUUAUUCUUGUUUGUUUUUUCCCUGUGAAGCCAUUGUGUUGCAUCCAUGUCUGAAAUGUACUAUAGAAAUAAAGCUUGAUUUAAACA